UGUGCGCGUCACUUCCGGGCGGCGCGAAACGGAGUUGCCGAAGGCCUGCAGAGCGACAUGCCUAAGUUUUAUUGUGACUACUGCGAUACAUACCUCACCCAUGACUCUCCAUCUGUGAGAAAGACACACUGCAGUGGUAGGAAACACAAAGAGAAUGUGAAAGACUACUAUCAGAAAUGGAUGGAAGAGCAGGCUCAGAGCCUGAUUGACAAAACAACCGCUGCAUUCCAACAAGGAAAGAUACCUCCUACUCCAUUCUCUGCUCCUCCUCCUGCAGGGGCAAUGAUUCCACCUCCCCCCAGCCUCCCGGGUCCUCCUCGCCCUGGGAUGAUGCCAGCACCCCACAUGGGGGGCCCUCCCAUGAUGCCAAUGAUGGGCCCUCCUCCUCCUGGGAUGAUGCCAGUGGGACCUGCUCCUGGAAUGAGGCCGCCUAUGGGAGGCCACAUGCCAAUGAUGCCUGGGCCCCCAAUGAUGAGACCUCCUGCCCGUCCCAUGAUGGUGCCCACCCGGCCAGGAAUGACUCGACCAGACAGAUAAGGAGAUUGGGGAGCCUCUUUAUAUCAGUUUUAUAUUACUUCACCAGGAGAUCAUGGUGCUGUGACUCGGGAUGUUUUCUAACAGGAUGACAAGGAAGACUUGCUCCCCCUUCCUAUCAAAGAGAGAGUAGUUUUGGAGGGGAGUGGUGGGACAAAAAAAGCAAUUUUCAUUUGUAUUGUGAAAUGUGAAAAUAAAAUUGUCAAUUCUUUUAGUUAAAAA